UGACGUUUAGUGAUAUUUGAUAUUUCUAAUCUAACCUUCUAAUUAUUUAAAUAAAAAAAUAUUAAGAACAUAAUCAAAAUAAUCGUUAAUAAGGAUGGCCAGUAGUGCUUCAGCGGUCUUAGAUGUAGUAGUAGAAAAUAAAGAAAUAUCCACGGGAGCGGCAAAAGAUAAAGAAGUCGAUCCCAGUAGUGUUUGUAGUGGAGAUUCCACCUUUGAUAAUUCGCUCGUACAAUCUCCGAGCAUAGAAAGCUUUUCAACAAUACAUGAUAUUGAAAAUUUGGCCGAACUUAAUAUGGACGAGAAUUCGGAUCUGUGUGUAAAAAUUGACAAUCCUCAGAAGCAUUUAGAAACGUUAGAAACAUAUAUAACAUUUAGAAUAACAACGAAGGUAGCUAGAAUAGAAUUUUCUGAUAAUGAAUAUGUAGUCCAUAGAAGAUAUAAUGAUUUUUUGUGGCUGCGUCAAAAACUAGUAGAAUGCCAUCCAUUUUGCAUUGUACCACCUUUGCCUGGUAAGCACUCGUUAAUAGGUCAGUUAGAUAGAUAUUCCAAAGAAUUUAUACUUCUAAGAAUGAAAGCUUUAAAUGUUUUUAUAACAAGAGUUGCAAAGCAUCCUAUUUUAAGCUGCAAUGAACACUUUAAAGUGUUUUUAACGGCACACUCUUUAGGUUUUACAUUGCACAGAAGACAAAGGCAUCCCGUCCAACAGAAAAUAAGGACAUUCAAUCAUGGUAACUCAUCCCAUAGUGUCUUAAAAAAUAAACAUAUGGAAUUUGAUAAAACCAAAACGUACCUAACAACUCUAUCAGAAAAACUCUCUUCAAUAGAAAAGAUAUCUAGUCGUAUUAAUAAAGAAAGAUGUGAGUAUGUUUCGGAACUGAAUAGCUACCACCCCAUAUUCACCACUUGGGCUACCUCAGAACCUGAACUGUCAGAAAUGUUACAAAAUAUUGGCAGUGCAAUGGAGAGGAGUUCUGCAGCACAAAAUGCUCUAGUACAAAGUUAUAGUAAUACUGUAGGUAAUCCUAUUAAGGACUUUUUGUCAUACAUUGAAAUAGCUCAAGAGACUUUGAGGAAAAGGGAAUCCUACCAGUAUGCCUAUGAGGUUUCUGUGGAGGACUUAAAUAAAAGACAUAGUGAAAAGGAUAAGCUGGUGGCCAUUUCCCAAAAUCCGUCCCAAUCAGCAGCAGGUUUCUCUCUCUGGAAGCAAUCAAGUUGCGACGAUAAACUAGAAAAAUUAGGUUCAUACAUUCCUCAGCUGAUUAAGAAAGUCGAAUCGAAUCAGGAUAACCUCGAGUGCGCCAACGAGUCGUUGCGGAGCGACCUUCAGCGAUGGCAUUCCGAAAAGCAACAGUGCUUGAAGAAGAUAUUACUAGACUUCGUUAAUAAACAAAUCAACUACUACCAAGCCACCGUCAACUCUUGGGAGUACUGCACUUAAAAUCAAACGGGCCGUGCCGAUCCUGUGUAAUCGACCAAUGUUACCGUUUUUAUUUUCUAUGUGUACUAUAUAAGGUGCAUUAUCUCCAAAUUGAUAUCUAUGUUUUAAUCUUAAAUUUAUUACUUUAUUUAAAUUUUGCUUACCUGACUUAUCUGUUUGAUUUAAAUUGGUCAAAGUUUCAUCGUUAUUGCAAAUAAAUUUGUUACUUACCUCAAUAGUACUACUUGUUUGGUUUUGUUUGUUUGUUACCUUAUUAUUUACUCUAUUGUUAUUUUUAUUUAAUUCCUCAUAUUCCAUCAUCCCAUCUCCUUCCAUUUCUACAUAAAAUUUACCUUUAUCUGGAGGUUCGGGUGGUAUACCUUCCAUAUUAUUUGUUUUCUGAAAUUUAACUUCUAGGCGCUAAAUUUCACACUUUCUUACAGAUCACUGGUUUAGUACUUCUUUAUACUACUCGUAAUACUCAAAAAGUUAAGAAAAAACCUUAAAAAUUAAUAAUUUUUAGGAGAACUUCUAAAUAAACUGCCUUUCCAUUAUUAUAAUGAAAACUAUCGAUAUUACGAGUGAAAGUUGCCAAAAAUAGCAAAUUCCAAUCAAAAAUUAAGUUGGAGAAAAUGUAAUCCCAAAAUUCAAAAUCGGUAUACUUUAAAAAAAUGCAUUUUCUGGGCUUCCCAUGGAGCAAUUUUCUUCAUUCUUUUUUUGUUCCCAAGUAACUCGAGUAGAGCCAUCUCACUAACGCAUUAUUAAAUGUCAAACUUGCUUUUGUUUUGUUAUAAUAAAUUAAUGUAUUAUAACAAAAAAAUUUAAUUUGUUUAAAUAGAGAUUGUUUAAAUAAUUAUACAGGUUUCAAAUGAGAAUAUUUGUGUUUUUAAAGUUAAAAGGUACACUUGUAUAAGUUUAUCUAAUAAAGUCUACAACUGGAAAAAAUAUGUAGUUUUCUUGUAAAUAAAUUAAUCUAUUAUAACAAAACAAAAGUUAGUUACAUGGCUCUACUCGAGUUGCUUGGGAACAAAAAAAUAAUGAAAAUUGCUCCAUGGGAAACGCAGAAAAUGCAUUUUUUUUAACGUAUACCAAUUUUAAACUUUGAGAUUACAUUUUCUCCAACCUAAUUUUUGAUUGGAAUUUUGCUAUUUUUGGCAAUUUUCACUCAUAUCGAUAGUUUUUAUCAUAAUAAUAUAUUUUAUGAGUAUUUUAAAAAUAUGAAAGUUGGUGUGGCGAAAGAGGACAAAAAUAAAAAGGUAAUGGUUUGAAAAUUAUGAUCCUAUUAUUUACAUGUUUGCCUUAAAUGCCGGUCAACUAAAGGUUCUGUAAAGACAGUGCCGCGUGCCACAAAUAUCUGUUUCAUGAAUAUAUAAAAUAUCGAAGUAUACUCAGUCCGUUAAUUCUUUACACGUACGUCAUCAUUCAAUUUAUACGAAUUAAAUCAGAAUGUCAAGUCAAGUGUAUGUCGUGGGUGUAAGAAUUAGAAAAUGGUUAAUACUUCGGUGAACGUUUUAAUUUUUUUAAGGUGAUUGUAAAAAAAAUUGUUUGUAACUGGAAUUGUUAACACUCUGACCUAAAACUAAAAGCGCGCUAAUUUUGUCUAGCUAUGAGUAUGAUCUUACUCUUGCUUGUGCUUGAAAGGGCAGGCAAAAUUAAAUCACGUACAUAAUAUCAGAGGUCAUAUUUUCAAUGUUUAGGCUUCUUUCUUAAAGAAAUGAUAAAUAGGUAAUCUUUCGUAAUCCGCGCUAUAUGACAUCGAGCGUAUCAUGCAUUAACAUGAAGCUGUUGCCUAUGUCAGGAAAUUUGGUCAGGAUAAGACGAAAUUAACAUGGAACUUAUAAAUAUGGAGGAAAGGAACUGAAAGAAAAAAUACUAUCACUAUUGAAAAAUAUAUGGAAGGAAGAGAAGAUACCGGCGGACUGGGAGAUAGGGCAGGUAAUAACAAUACAUAAAAAGGGAAACCAACAAAUUUGUGAAAAUUAUAGAGGAAUAACAUUACUAAGCACAACGUAUAAAAUACUGACUUCAAUAAUAAGAAAAAGAUUGUCAAAGAUCACGAAGAAGAGAGUGGGACAAUACCAAUGUGGAUUCACACAAGGAAGAUCAACAAUAGAUGCUAUACACACGAUAAAACAAAUAAUGGAAAAAGCAAAUGAAUACAAACUAGAAUUAGAAAUGCUAUUCAUCGACUUCAAACAGGCAUUUGAUUCGAUUAAGAGAAAAGAACUAAUGAUUGCCCUGGAAAAAUUAAAAAUCCCACACAAACUCAGAAAAUUAAUAAAUAUGACAAUGAGAACUACCAAAAUUAGCAUAAAGACGCAAAGAGGCGAGACAGAUGAAUUCAUUAUAAAUAAAGGAGUGAAACAAGGAGAUGCCUUAUCCACGACACUGUUCAAUCUAGCUUUAGAAUAUCUAUCUAUCAAUCGGUUUUAAAACGUCUUGCGACGUUGUCCGAUGCCUAAUUUCCAUGACACUCUAUCAUCCCAUUGGCCCUCUCUAAGAUCCCUUGCGCUCAUCGCCUUCGUUACUCCCUCUCUCCAAGAUUUCUUGGGUCUUCCUCUCUUUCUGCGGUUUGGUGGUACCCAUUGCAUAAUUAUUUUAGGGAGUCUUGAGUUAUCCAUCCUCUGGACGUGUCCGUACCAUAUCAGCUGUUUUCUUUCUAUGUCUGUUGUUAGAGAGCCGUCAACCCCCAUUCGCUGUCUUAUCUCAUCAUUACGUAUUCUCUCUCUGCGUGACACUCCUACUGAUCUUCUAAAAGCGUCCAUUUCUACUGCCUCCAGUUUUCUUCUGUUGUUUUCGGUUAUUCGCCAAGUUUCUGCUCCGUACAAUAGACUGCUUUUAAUAAGAGAUUCGUAGAUAUUGUGUUUUCUUCUUUUUCCUAUUUCAUGAUUCCACAGUACGCUGUUUAGACAACCUAUUGUUUUUCUGGAUUGUGUUAUUCUUCUCUUUAUUUCUUCAUUUCUUCGCUUUCGCUUUAGAAUAUGUACUACGAAAUAUAAACAAAGGGAACCUAAGAAGAAGAGGUGGACAAAUAAUCGCCUACGCAGACGACAUUGUUAUUAUUGCAAAGAAUAGAAACAUAAUGAAAGAAAUGCUAGAAGAAAUAAAAGAGAAAGGGCAGACAAUGGGACUCAGAUUAAAUGAAGAAAAGACAAAAAUAUUAGGACUAGGGAAAACAGCAAUAAAAGGAAAAACCAAAAUAGGAAAUUCAGAGUUUGAAGAUGUAGAAAAUUUCAAAUACCUGGGAGUGACAAUAAGCAAAACGGGUGAAAGAAUACCAGAAAUAAAAGAAAAAAUAUUGGCAGCGAAUAAAGCAUAUUUUGCAAAUAAAACAGUACUUAAAAGCAAAAUACUGACUAUUAAAAUCAAGAUGAGAAUGUAUAACACCACAAUUAGACCAAUAUUAUUAUACGCAGCAGAAACAAUGACGAUGACUAAAAAAGAUGAAGAAAACUUAAGAAUAGUGGAGAGAAAGAUCAUGAGAACCAUACUGGGACCAAUCAGAACAGAGGAAAAUGAAUAUAGAAGCCGACCAAAUGCACAGAUUAGGAAAGUACUGAAAGAAGAUAUCGUGACCAAAAUAAAGCAAUGGAGAGUUAGAUGGUUAGGUCACAUCUGGCGCGCAGGAGAUGAAGCAGAAACAUAUGCUAUGAUAGAAUGGAAUCCAGGAGGAAGAAAGAAAAGAGGAAGACCAAGAUCAAAAUGGUCAAGAAGUUGAAGAAGACUUAAAAAACGCAGGAGUCAGAAUAUGGCGGAGAAAAACUAGAGACAGGAAAAAAUGGAGAGAACUCGUUAAGAACAUAAGCAAAAGGGACUGAUCCGCCCAAGAAAUAGGAUCUAGAAAGCUUUCGCGACUUAGCCCCAUAUCGGGGUGUACAGUCACUAUAUAUAUGUUGCCUAUGUAGCCUGCGUAAGGAACAACAUGGUCUUGGAGAAUAUCCGUAAUGUAAGGAUCCACUGUCAAACCCCCUCGGCGAUCACCACCGGGCACGAACACAAGCUCUGUUUUUUCCUUCUAAAGAUAUACCACCCCAAAACAUACACGGACCACCUACAUAGUUCACUAAUGUAUCACUGCAGAACUGGUCAAAUGGCUCUCCGGGUCUCUGAUAGAAGCGUCGUCUUCUGUCAUCGCUUUACAAGCAUAUUCGACUUUCGUCAGAGAAUAAAACUCUGCUCCAUUGAGGUCCCAAAUGACGUGUUCUCGGGCAAACUGAAGUCGAGUAACUAACUAACCAAUAAGUAACGGUGACACCUCAAAUAUUCCUCAAGGAUUGUUGAGGCUCAACUCCUAUCUCGUGCUGACUCCGCAAGGCACUCAGGACAAUGAACCGAUCAUCCCUCUCUGUCAUUACACGUCGCCGACCCGAACCUGGUCGUCGACUAUAGCUACCGGUCUCUUGGUAUGAACGGUAAGCCCUUGAGACUGCAGACUGCGUUAUAAGGAGGCGACGGGCGACAGUCCUCCGACUAUAGCGCUCUCGUAAUUAUGCAAUUGAACGGGCGCCUUUACUGGUGAAGUAUCCAUUUAUAAAAUAUUCAGUUACUGCACUUCGAAGUGUACACACAGGUCAACAUUUGAAAAGCAACUGAGACGACCACUGACAAAUUAAUGCAGGUCUAAAUUGCGUAGAACAUAUCCGUUACAAUGUUUGCUGCAUUCACUAUGCCAUACAGAAGUCGGCAAAUUUUACAACAGGUUGCCAAUAUGCAUAAGACAAUUAUUUUUUGGAAGCUCUAUAAUAGACAAUAUUUUUUUGCAUUAGUUGUUUUAAUUCAAAGAAGACAACAUGAAAUUACUAAGCAUAAACUACAAUUCAUUGAGUUGCUCACAAUUCCCUUGUGUUUUCACUGGUUUGCGAGAAUUUUCGUCGGUUUGAGCGGUAAGAGAAACAAGCGUGCGACGUUGCCAUGUGUUUUCUUUCGUUACAAUGUGCUCUUGAAAUUUUUUCAGCGAUAAUAGUUUAAAAAAGAACCUAUGAACCUCGAAUUUGUUAUUUUAAAAUUUAUUAUCAGUGAUAUAUCAUAAAUAGCUUUAAUAUCACAUCAGUUACCCAUACGAGUAUGUUAUCUCUUAUUAUUUAUUUAUAAAUGAACGGGUUAGAAACAAAAUCAAGCAUUAUUAUUAAUUAUGGGUGUCUUAUCAAGUAGGUACUUGAUAUUUUUGAAUGAAUUAAAUUUGUCAAAAAUACAAAAAAAAAAGAUGAAAGAUUAUACUACUACUACUAGUAAAAUAGUCUAUACCCUGUUUUUAAACUAGGAGGAGUAAACUCAACAGAAAGAUUCACACUCAAUAAUGUCACUACAAAAAUCACCAGAUUCAUCUUCUUUUUUGGUUGAUUAUGUCAGCCUUCGAGAGUAAUCCAUAAAUAUAUUAUACUAAUACAUUGCGUCACUGUAAAGAGUUUGAAAAACAAUUGUUUUUGUUACACAAAUGCAGACUAAAAAUCUAAAAAUUAAAGAAAUAACGCAGAGAACACAAAAAAUCUAUUAAUUUUAAAUGUCAAUAGUGUUAAAAUUUCAUCAAUGUCAAUAUUGUCAAAAUUUCAUAAUUUAGUGGAGUAAGCUUGCCUGCGGUUGGACCAAUUACAAACAAGGAUUACGGCGCGAUAAAUUUGAAUUACUCCUCCUAGUUUAAAAACUAGGUAUAGAAGUAAAAUAAUCUAGUUUUUUUAUUUAAAAAAAUAUUGGUAAUUUUGCUCUUAACCGCUUUAUUUAUAAAAUAAAUUUUAUUUAACCUUUAAUUUAACAAAUAAACUCCUUCUCAGAGGCAUCUUUCAGUGCGUCACAAGUGACAGAAAAAAAGAUAGGUCCGUGAUACAUACACAUUUAUAACAUUUAUUCCAGUUGUUGAUAGAUGGCGCUAUAAUCGGAAAAAAUAUUUAGGUAUUUACCCAUUAUUUACCUAUUACAUAUCUAUACGACUAUAAUUUAAAGUUCUUCUCAGUCUUUCAGUGUGUUAUUAAUGACGUAAUAUAUGAUUUUAAGAGUUAAGAGAAUCAUAGCAUGACAUUUUAGUUAAAUCUGACAGUUGUCAGAAUCGUAAUCGUAAUUUGGUAUAAAAACAAAUCAAUUGUGUUUAUUUCAUUUAUAAAAAGGAACCUUCUUUGAUUUGUAUAGUCUUAUAAAUUGUACAGAUUAUAGUCGUAUAGAUAAUACAUAAAUCAUUUUUUGUUCGAUUAUAGCACCAUCUAUCAACAAUUCGAAUAAAUGUUAUAAAAUGACUUUCAUCACCGACGUACCUUUUUUCUGUCACUUACAACUUAAUGCGUUAGAAAGAAAUCGAAAAACUGUGACGCACUGAAAGAUGCCUCUGAAAAGGAGCAUACUAGAUAUAACAUUUUUCCUAUAACUUUCGAUACUCUUCACCAAUAACAUUUUUCGUACAACGUUUAGGUUUUAGGUCUAUUAUGACAUAUUUACGUCAUUGAUGAGGAGGAAACAUGUAGUUGUAGGAAUAAAAGAAUAUAAUAUUAUACUUUGCUAUAUACCGUUUUAUGAUUCAUGAAGAUAUAAAAAGUAUUACUCAGAAUAUUGUCCAUUGUUGAACAAUGUAUUUCAAAAUUAUUAUGAAAAAAUUGAAUAUAUUCGAUCUUGAUAUUAGGUAUAACGCUCUGUCUAUUGUAACUGUGGUAUAGGUUCAUAUUGUAGAUAUUAAUAAUUAAAGAUAUUAGUUAUAUUAAUUAUAAACAAAUGAAUUUAGAAAAAUCUGUACUGUUAAAGUAUACUUUACUCACGAAUAUUAAGUUUUAACUUAGGAUUCACUAAAAGUUGUGAAGCACAUACAAUAUCAAGGAGUGCAUAAUUACAUAACAUAUAAACUAUAAACACAUUUGAGCGGCUUUACAAAGCGCUGUUAAUCUGACUAAUUGGCCAUUAUUUGAUGGCAGCAAUGAUAUCUGCAGCAAAUCAGAGGACCAAUUUAUUCUGGUUUCUAUACUACGUUCGUUCUUAAGAUAAGCUCGAGAUCACACCCAUCAGUGGGUGUAUCCAGUCGUCGGAGUUUUUCAUUGGUUAGAAAUUAAUAAGCUGUGACGACAUGACACAUCUAUCGACAAAACAAUAACCUAUAUAAAAUUACUUAUCAACACCAUCUCUCGUGUGAAAACAGCAUUAAUCUAUUCGAUAUCCGUUUUGCAAAUUUAGUUAUUAAUAUUUUUGCACCUGAUAUGUUAGCCCUAUCUACAGUGCGUAGAUAGGGCUACGUAUUUCUUAUAGACGAUAGAAGCGGCCGAUGCCACGCCGUCUGAUUAUAAUGAAUCGUAUAUCGGCCAGUCUAGUAGCAACACGUGCCUGAGAGUUUUGGCAACACUGAUCUGGUAAUAUUACCUGUAUGCACGCCAAUGAUGAAUAUAAAAUUCCUAAUUGUAUGUCAAAGACCUCUCUUAAAACCUACCAAAUUUUAUUUGCAUAUCUCAACCGGUUUUUCAAUCAAAAUCAUCCCGUUUUUCAGAAACGAAGCAUUUUCGGAUAUAUGUUUAUAAAGCAAACGGUCAUUAUUUUUCCAUGCAGAGUUACCCCUUAAAGUUUAUCGCACUUAUUUAGAAACACCCUUUAUUGAUGAAGAACAUGGCUAGUUGUUAAAGUACCUAACUUUUUUUAUUAUCCAACAUAAGCGAAUGAAUCAAAAAACAGAAUGUUACGAAAACCUGAGGCUAUAGUUGGGUUUUAAUAAUUUCAGUAUUUUAUAAAUACAUACUAGAAUGUUCCACAAGGUGUGGUAAACUUUGAGAAAAAACACAGUUUGAUUGGUACACCCGGUAUACAAUGACCAUUUACCUGUCUAUUCUUUUUCUCAUAGACAUCUUUCAGUGCGUCACAGUUUUUCGAUUGCUUUCUAACGUAUUAAAUUGUAUGUGACAGAAAAAAGGCACGUCUGUGAUUACAGACAUUUAUAACAUUUAUUCUAGUUGUCCACAGAUGGCGCUAUAAUCGAAAAAAAAAUUAUUUACGAAUUAUAUAAUAUAUCUACGAAUAUAAUCUGUACAAUUUAUAAGACUAUACAAAUCAAAGAAAAUACCAUUUUAUAAAUGUAAUAAACACAAUUGAUUUGUUUUUAUGCCAAAUUGCAAAUAAAAUGUGAGAACUGUCAGAUUUAACUAAAAUGUCAUGUUAGAAUAAAUGUUAUAAAUGCAUAUUAUCACGGACUUACCUUUUUUUCUAUCAUUUGUGACGCACUGAAAAAUGCUCAUGAAAAGAAGCAUAGCAACAAUAUUAUUACAGCGGUAUUGUUAAAAAAAGGCUAUAACAUAUUAAAAAAAUCACUUAAAUCGGUAAACAGGUUUAGGAAAUUUGAGACAUCAAAAAUGACCAAUUUUGUGGGUGGCCUGUUUUCUCUGACGCGCAGUGUAUUUAAAAAUAAUUAGUUUGACAAAUAUUUUUACAUACAUGUAUACAUGAAAGAUUAUUAUAUUCAACCCUGUUUAUUUAUAUAUCUCAUUUAUGUAAAUAUACUUUCUAGUAUUAUUUAAAUUCUAGACUAGCCUUAAUUUAUUAUCUAUUUGCCUGAUAAUGUUUUUUAUUUAAUGAAUUUUGUGUUCAAAACAUUCCAUACUAUUACUUUUUAUUUUAUUAGGUUAUUAAUUUUAUCUAUUAGCUAAGUUGUAUAGUCAAACUGUUGAACGUAUUUCAUGGAUUAAUCAUUUUAUCAUAACUUUUUGCAACCAAGAUAAAAUAUUAUUUGCAGUAAAGUACAAUUUAAAAAUUUUUGCUAUAUCUUUGCUUUUUGAAUUUUUACUCAUCCACGGGUUGCGCUGUUAGAAUCUUUUUUAUCAUGUUCGAUUCAGGGGCCCGGGCUACAUGUCCUGCCCACUGCAGGCGGUUUUGCUUAAUUAUAGUGGUAUGAUCGAAGUGAAGAUCGGUGAGAUAUGCGCAUUUUAUCAAUGAAAUUCGAUAUUUUUAAGACAUUCCAGAAGCCGCUACAGUUAAAAUGUUUUAACAACCCAUUAAUCAUCCAGAAUUAGUCGACGGAUAUUAGUACAGUUAAAAUAAUUAAGACGAUAACUGGACAAUAAUGAUUUUAAUGAGUGAAAUUUAAAGUUUUUUCUACUUUAAUGACAAAAAAGCAAGCUCAUUAACAGAACCCAAUUAAAAAUUAUUUUGCACAUCAUAUUUGAAACAUUAUUUGGUUGAAAAAUCUCAUUUUUGUUGGCAAAAAAAUAUAUUAAUUUGUCUGGACUAAAUUACAGUUCUAUUUAUCUUAAAAGGGAUAUGUUACUAUCAACAUUCACACAGUGUUGCCAAACUGAAUUUUGUUAUUUUGAGUGUAAAUUUUCCCAGCGAUCUCCGAGGGUACAAUAAUAUCUUUUCCACCAAGCGUAUGCUUGUAGAUAUUCUGCAGUUCAAAAUUAUAUCUACGUCUCCAUAUUCCGUUCUCACAGACCGCUCCGAAUAUCUUGCGUAGCACCUUUCUUUCAAAAAUCGAUAGAGCGGAUUCAUCUGUUUUAGUUAGCGUCCAUGCCUCUGAUCCAUAUGUGAGAACGGGGACUAUCAAUGUUCUAUACAGCCUUACACUUGAGUCCAGGAUUCUUUACCCGUGCUUCAUUAAUACCUGGCGAGAUAAAACAUAUAUUUGAUAACUCAAAUUUUAACCCGCGAUAGGAGCAGUAGCUACUUACUGUCACUUGCUGUUGCGUUUAGUAAAUUUCAAUUUCCGACUUAUCAGCGACUUAUUUCGUAUGCUUUAAAUGAUGACGCACGGGUAAAGAACCCUGGACUCAACGUAUACCAGUUUUUUGAGACAGACGUUUGUUAGCUAAGUACUUUAUGAUAGAUCAUGAUAACACCCGUUUGCAAUUAUUAUUCUAGACUAGGAGCCGGUAUAGGUGAAAUUUGCUAAUCAUUUUAGGCACGAUAAGACCCUAUAACUUAAAUAGUAGAACCUAAAAUAAAACGAAUGAACAUUGUGCCGUCAAUUUUUAGUGGCACAUGCGUUGACAGUGCCAAAAAGUACCCUCAGUUACUCCCAGAAUUCAAUUUUUUUAUUUUUUAAAGUUCUAUGUGAUUAAACAAUUAGGCUCAGCGUAAUUUUAUCCCGCCACCCCCUUCCCCUUCUCCCACCAUCAAAAAAUUCAUUUUUCGUUUUUAUUUUUUAGGUGGGAUGCAAUCAAUUUUAAAAUUUCAAAAAAUUCAUAGACAUAGUUGAGGAUUUUCCAAAUCAUGUCUAUUUUUUAUAGAUCAGUAGGUCGCAGAGCUGGGUAGUAUCAGGAUACUUCUGUAUCCGGAUACAAUAUCCGGAUACUUUUUAUGUAUCCGAAAGCUGUAUCCGGAUACUUUUUAAAUUUUGUAUCCGGUAUCCGUAUCCGUGAUCAAAUUUUAAAGUAUCCGGCAUCCGGAUACUUUUUUUGAUAUUCGGAUACUUUUAAAUAUUUAUCGCCCGCCGAUAAUGCACCUAACGUAGACACAACACUGCCAUUCCUUCAAUCCAGACUUUUCUCUUUUGCAACUAUGAUUGAUACGCCUAAAAGAAAAGCUUUAAGCGAUGAACACUUUGAGGUAUUGGUACUUACAAAGGCAAAUUCAAAGGCACUUCACUUCUGACUUCCUCAGCAAUUGGAAUACUUUCUGUAUUAGUACGUUUUUAUUUUAAUUUAAUGUUUCCUUAUAAGUUUAUGUUCUAGUUUUAUUAUUCAUAAGCAAUAAACAAUUUUUUGAGUA